UUACCUGCCGAUGUCGGCUGUGCCGCUGGAAAUUUGAAGAAAUCCCUCCUUGCCACCUUUUCUCACAGCGGAGACUCCAAUGAAGAAGGAGAAGAAGAGGAAGAAGAUCCAAACACAUGAUCCAGAUUCCAAAGCCGGCCAUAGAUGGACGGCCAUUUUGGACUCUUCCCCAUCAUGCACACGUCACUCCCCUCUCUUCCUCUUCCCUUCCCUGGCCCAACUCCCGUCUCUCUCUCUCUCUGUCUGUCUGUCUGUCUCUCUCUCUCUCCUGAUGCUUUGGAUAUCAUUCUCCGAUGGGCUGUGUGCAGGCAAAGCCGUCAAUGCAUUCUCCUCCGAGUGGCCUCAACAAGAUGAAGACGGAGAAUGGAUAUGUUGGCAGGUCUGGCAUUCACGGCCGACCCCCAAAGCAGAGGUACUCGGGUAAGGAGCCUGCCCGAAUUUCCCGACAUGAACGGAGGAAUGAUGCUGCUGGUGCUGCUGCUACUUCUAUAGAUGUUCGUAGCGAAGAUGGGAGGGUUCUUACCAGAGAAGGAGGGAAGGAGGGUGGUGGCCUUUCUCAGCGGAUGUCUUCGUCGAGGCAGAGUAGUGGAGGAGAAGAGAUCGUUGAUGGAUGGCCCAAGUGGCUUACUGACAAUAUACCCAGGGAAGCACUUGUUGGGUUGGUCCCAAAGAGUGCCGAAUCGUAUGACAAGCUCGAUAAGAUUGGCCAGGGAACCUACAGCAAUGUGUACAAAGCCCGGGACCGGGACACAGGCAAGAUUGUUGCUUUGAAGAAGGUACGUUUCGACACUUCAGAAUCUGAGAGUGUGAGGUUUAUGGCACGGGAGAUCAUGAUACUGCGGAAGCUGGACCAUCCUAAUGUCGUCAAGCUAGAAGGAUUGGCCACAUCAAGAAUGCAGUAUAGCCUGUACUUGGUCUUCGAUUUCAUGCAGACGGACUUGGCGAGAAUCAUUUCUCGCCCUGAUGGUUAUCUUACAGAGCCACAGGUUAAGUGUUACAUGCAACAACUGCUCUUGGGUCUGCAGCACUGCCACGGGAGGGGGAUUUUACAUAGAGACAUUAAGGGAUCCAAUUUGUUGAUUGAUAAAAACGGAAUGCUAAAAAUUGCGGAUUUUGGUCUUGCAAAUUAUUUCAAUCCCAACCAAAAGCGCCCCCUCACUAGCAGGGUUGUGACGCUUUGGUAUAGAGCCCCUGAGCUGCUGUUAGGUGCCACAGAUUAUGGAGUCGGUAUUGAUCUAUGGAGUGCAGGAUGUCUCUUGGCAGAGAUGUUUGCAGGAAGGCCAAUUAUGCCUGGUAGGACUGAGGUGGAACAACUUCAUAGGAUAUUCAAGUUGUGUGGAUCACCAUCUGAGGACUAUUGGAAGAAACUGAAGCUUUCUACUAGCUUCCGACCUCCACAACCAUACAAACCUAGUAUCGUAGAAACUUUCAGAGAUUUUCCCACCUCUUCCUUGGGUCUCUUGACAAUGCUUCUUGCUCUAGAUCCCGCAUAUCGUGGCAAUGCAUCAUCUGCUCUCCAAAGCGAAUUCUUUAGCACCAGCCCAUUGGCAUGCGGCCUUUCAGGACUCCCUGUGAUUUACAAAGAGGAAGAGAAUGAAUCAACCAACACCUAUGAGAGGAGAAGGCAUAGGACUUCGAAACAGAAACGACGGCCGCGUAAUAAGGGUACAGCUGCAGUAAAUCCCAAAGGAGAUUCUUCAUCUUCCAAGGAGGAGAAAGAGAAGAGUCCAACGGCCAGCAUGCACAGCCAAGAAAUGGGUAGCAGCACAGGAAGCACAUCUUCUGGUGUCAAGCUGGGCAUUCUUGAUGGGAGCCCAGCUCCCUCCCUAUCGCCCAUCAUCUCCUCUCUACCAAAGAGACCAUCACACCAAACAGAAUGCCAUCCUUGGGCCGGCAAGAACAUUCAGAAUCCACCUCCUCUAUUAACUUCCUCGAAAAUAAAGAAUGCUGGUGACAAAGAAGGCCUUCUUGUUGGGAGGUCUGCCUCCACAUCGGAUUUGAAGGGGAGGAUAUCUGCACUAAAUGCUUUCAAUGAUUGAACCAUGUGAGGUGAUGGACUCUUUCAUGUGCAAUCAUGCUACGCUGGAGCUUUUACGUUUUCCUCUUCUUCUUAUUAUUUUUUUCUUUUUUCUUUUUUUCAAGUUUUGCCUGUUUUGAAUGAAGGGACCUCAGUCAUAGUUUGGUCGAGGAUUGCGAAUAAAUACCCUCUCAAGUGGACUAUGAGUCGUUAUAGUAGUUGCCAAAUGAUAAUACAUCAUCAUUUCAUAGUUGAAGCAGAAACAUAUAAUGCCCACCAAUCGCAGGCCUUCCUGA